CCGUGGUAAUACCGGAAGUAGCGUGGAGGUUUGUACUGAAGGGAAAAAUAAUGAAUUACUCAGAUUAUGAUUCCGAUGGCUAUUCUUCAAAUGAGGAUCAAGACUAUGUCCCAUCCGAUGACAACCUUAGUGAAGAUGAUAUGAAUGAAUGUGUGAGGGAAGAUGGUCUGGAAGGUGAUGACCAGAGUGGGCAGCAGGCUGAUAAUGUAACCAAAAAGAAAAAGAAGAAAGGCCAAGACAUUGGUAUGAGGAAACGAAAAAAAGGAGGACUGAAAUUAGAGGAGACCGAGGAGGAUAGAAUGGUGGAGGUUCAGAAGGUUGAUCCGGAGUCUGAGGUUUCUGCUCCCUGCCCCAAAAAGCUGGAGGGUGAAGAUAUAAACAAGAAAAAAGCAGAUGAUUUGUGGGCCAGUUUUCUUAGUGAUGUUGGUUCUAAAACCAAGCCAUCUACACCUGCGUCACAGGCUACUGCUAAACAGCAGCCUCAGCCCACAAACAGCACACUGACUCCCAAAGCAGCAUCAGAGGAACCUCAACAAGCAGAGCCUAAACCUGUAGAAUCUUCGAAAGUCACCAUCACAAAGGUGUUUGACUUUGCUGGGGAAGAGGUCCGGGUAACCAAAGAGGUUGACGCUCACUCCAAGGAGGCCAAGAGCUUCCUGAAGGCCAAGGAGGAGAUGUCAGAUGUUCCUACUGUACCAGAGCCCCGCUCCCUCGCCCCUGGACCCAGUGUGAAGAGGCCUACAGGGAUGAGCAGCAUCCUGAACCGCCUGGGAGGGAAGAAACAGAAGAUGAGCACACUGGAGAAGUCUAAGAUGGACUGGGACGCCUUUAAGGAUGAAGAGGGCAUUGGGGACGAGCUGGCCAUCCACAACCGGGGCAAAGAGGGGUAUGUGGAGAGAAAGAAUUUCCUGGAGAGAGUUGACCACCGGACAUUUGAGCUGGAAAAGAAAGUGCGUCUCGGCAACAUCAUGAAACGAUGACAAGGAAUAUUGAGCUCGCCCUCUGGAUAGACUGUGUGUCAAGACAGCGGACUGUACCUGCUGUUCCCGGAGCCUUGUCCCCUCACAUUCCCAGUCAACUCUCUUCAACCCUCCAUCUGUUCCUGGACCUGCCUAUGGCCCCAGACACCUGGCCUGACCCCUGUUCCUGUCUCCCUGUCCAACGAGCGUUGCGGUGUCAGUAUCAACCUGCCUACCUCAGCACAUGGCUGUGGGGCAGCUCCUGACUUUACAGGGUCACCAGCGCCACAGACAAACCCAUCCCGGAACUGGAGAAUCAGCAGAACUCCUGGUUCCACACUGCGAACUGCCGUCGUACUCGUAAAAGCCACAGACUUGAAAGCCAGAGGAUGAGAGCGGAAGCAUCCACGCAGCGGAGAUACUUGUGCCGGCCCCCUACACCCCCUGCAGUGAUUAGGUCCAUUGAGCUGUUCAUUCCCAGAUUUUGUUGAUUGCAUUUCAGCUCCCUGCCGUGCGGGCUGGGUGUCUGUAGAGCUGUGCUGACUAAUAUAAGAAGGCUUUGUCUUUCGCUCAUGUACCUGUAGGUACACAACAACCAUCACAGAAUCUGACAUGAUGCAAGUUUAGCUGCUUAGUCAGUUAAGCUGCUUACCUGGGCUAGGAGGGCAGAUUACAGCGGAACGUUUCCUCAACGUGUCCUGCUGGUCUCCAAAACGUAAUUACACUGCUCCUAUUACAAAGUGUGUGCUUGUUUGGUACCAGACACACAGACAGGCUUUAUCAGGGACUUUAUUUUAUCUACUGGUUGUUAAAUACAUUGGCUUUUAGGUGUGACUGAAUCAUUCUAAUAUCCCAACGUGUUUUCUGUGGUAUCCUGAUGCUGUACUGUGUGUAAAAUGGAAUAAAGCAUGUCAUUUGUUUUGAAGUUU